GCGGGGGCGGCGCGCUCGGUCCACGCGUCCGGGGCCCCGCGGGGCCGGGCCCGGAGUCGGCAUGAAUCGCUGCUGGGCGCUCUUCCUGUCUCUCUGCUGCUACCUGCGUCUGGUCAGCGCCGAGGGGGACCCCAUUCCCGAGGAGCUCUACGAGAUGCUGAGUGACCACUCGAUCCGCUCCUUUGAUGACCUCCAGCGCCUGCUGCACGGAGCCUCCGUAGAUGAAGACGGGGCCGAGUUGGACCUGAAUUUGACCCGAUCCCAUUCUGGAGGCGAGCUGGAGAGCUUAUCCCGAGGGAGAAGGAGCCUAGGUUCGCCGACGGUCGCCGAGCCGGCCAUGAUCGCCGAGUGCAAGACGCGCACUGAGGUGUUCGAGAUCUCGCGGCGCCUCAUCGACCACACCAACGCCAACUUCCUGGUGUGGCCGCCGUGCGUGGAGGUGCAGCGCUGCUCCGGCUGCUGUAACAACCGCAACGUGCAGUGCCGCCCCACCCGGGUGCAGCUGCGGCCCGUCCAGGUGAGAAAAAUCGAGAUUGUACGGAAGAAGCCAACCUUUAAGAAGGCCACAGUGACCCUGGAGGACCACCUGGCGUGCAAGUGUGAGACAGUGGUGGCUACUCGACCCGUGACCCGAGGCCCAGGGAGUAGCCAAGAGCAGCGAGCAGCCAGGACACCCCAAACUCGGGUGACCAUUCGGACAGUGCGAGUCCGCCGGCCCCCCAAGGGGAAGCACCGGAAGUUCAAGCACACGCAUGACAAGAAGGCACUGAAGGAGACCCUCGGAGCCUAGGGGCACCUGCAGGAGAGUGUGGGCAGGGUUAUUUAAUAUGGUAUUUGCUGUAUCGCCCCCAUGGGGUCCUUGGAGUGAUAAUAUUGUUCCCCUCGUCCGUCUGUCUCGAUGCCUGAUUCGGACGGCCAAUGGUGCUUACCCCUUCCGCGCGUCCGUCCACCCACCAGCGGGUCCCCUCAUUGGCCUCCAGCACCUUGCCCGGAAGCUCGAGAAGGAAACGGAGGACCUGAACUCCACUGCUGUCUUCCUCCGCCGACCCCGAGAGUCUGGGAUAGAAGCGCAAGAGAGACCGGUGGGCCUGCUCUUCCCCGGCUCCCGGCCAGGGUCACACCUGAGCGCUGUGGACUGGCCCAAAGCCUUGCACAAGGCUCUGAGGCCUCUAGGCCUGGGUGGCCUGCCUGGUUCCAGGACCCCUGGCCAGCUCUGAAGGGAACCACCCCAGGCAGGCCAGGGUACCUCGUACUCCUGUGGCUGAGACCACGCAGGGAAGCACAGACUCGAGAAAAGCCCUCCCACGGCACCCAGGCCCAGUCACUUCUCCCUGGUCACCUCUGCUUACAGCGGCUUCCUUUUGUUUUAUGCAUACGAGAUCUCUGACGGUAUGGACUCCUCUGGGUGGGCGUGGCCCAAGCACCAGGCAGCCAAGUGCCCCCUCAGAUGGGUUAGAGAUGAAGUUUGCUCUGGAGUCGACGUGGCUGGUGACCUGGGCAUUCACUGCCUCCUUCCACUCCCCCCACCUUCACUUCCUCUGUUUUAUCUCUCUACCUCUACCCUGUAUCUUCCUCUUGUCCUGGCCCUCAGUCUGCUCCACCAAGGGACUCUUGGACCCCAUGCUUCUGCUCCGUUAGGCUGAAGACCAGGGGUCAGGGCAGCAGGGGGCCUGCCCAUCAUGUCCCAGCCCAGCCAAGACUGCCAAGUAGGUUUGUGCAGGGUGUGCACUGCACAAGGGCACUUCCUGCAGGGAUCAUUGUUCACACCGUAGAACGUGGCCAAUUUGUAUAUUUAUUAGGACAGUUUUCUGGCAGAUGGAGAUAAAAAUGUCUGGAGAAAGGGAUCCUUUUCCUAACUGACACGAAGGCUCCACGUGGACUGGCUGUGUCCCGACCUGGCCAAUGGCUUGGAGUGCUUGGACAGGAGCGAGCCCGUGUUGGGUGGGGAGGCAACACUGUUGUCCAUCUGGCCUCCGUUUUCCUGAGUCCUCAGCUCAAGCAGUUCCCCUUUCCAGGCGGGUGUGAAAAACCCAAGAGAAAGUCUCCAAAGGGAGGGGGCAGUCCUUGCUCGCCCCCUGCACACUCCCCCCGUAUUAGAUUCUUUUGAGUUCCACUUCUGGUGGCUCCUCCUAGGAAACCAGCUCAUGGGCUGGGAGUGGGGGAGAAAAGGGAAAAUAUGCCCAGGGCUCCCUGGGGUGGGGUCUGAGCUCCCACCU